AUGGCAUUCGUUUCCAACGGCUCUGAGUACGACUUCGUCAUCGUGGGCGGCGGUACAGCUGGCAACGCAGUAGCUGGCCGCCUCGCCGAAAACCCCAAUGUCCGCAUUCUAGUAGUUGAAGCUGGCAUCCCAAACCCAGAUCAAAUCGAAGAAAUCACCACCCCAGCCAAGGCUUUCAAUCUCCGUGGAAGCAAAUAUGAUUGGGCCUACAAGACGACCAUGAUCAAGCGCGACGACUACGAGCGAGUCGAAAAGCCCAACACUCGUGGAAAGACCCUGGGUGGAAGUUCAUGCGCCAAUUACUUCACCUGGAUCCCAGGUUCCAAGCCGACCUUUGACGACUGGGAGCAGUUCGGUGGCCAGGAUUGGACCUGGGACAACUGCGUCGAUUACCUGCGCAAAUGUGCGACUUAUCACGACGACGAAAAAUUGUAUCCCAACGAACUGAGCAAGAUUGGAACUGGUGGCCCUGUGAACAUUGCCCAUGCCGAUUUGGUGCCCGAAAUGCAACCAUUUCGCGAUGCUCUCACUCAAGCAUGGGUUUCUAAGGGCGAAGCUUUGACUGAAGAUAUCUUCUCCGGUGAGAUGAGGGGUCUGACGCACUGUGUGGACACUAUCUAUGGAGGUCAGCGCCAAGGCAGCUUUUUGUACCUCAAGAACAAGCCCAACGUGACCAUUCUCUAUGGGGUCCAAUCAAAGCGUCUGAUCAUUGACCCAGAAACUGCUAUCUGCUCUGGUGUUACUGUCAUCAGUGCUGACUCGGACGCUGAGAUCAGCGUCUACGCUAGCCGGGAGGUGAUCCUGUCUCAAGGUGUCUUCGAGACCCCUAAGCUCCUCAUGCUGAGCGGCAUCGGCCCAGCUGCUGAACUCGCCAAACACGGCAUCACUCCCAUUGUGAAAUCUGCCCAUGUCGGCCAACAUCUUCUGGACCACCCAAUCGUGCCCUUCGUGCUCCAAAUCAAAGAUGGAAUGGGUCUAGACGAUCACAUCAUCCGAUCCGGCCCCUUGAAUGACCAGGCAGUGAGCACAUACAAGCGUGACAAGACCGGUCCCAUCAGCUCUGGACUCCUAGAGCUAGUGGGAUUCCCACGUAUCGAUCAGCGCCUAGAGAAGUACCCGGCGUACCGCGAGGCCAAGGCAGCAAACGGCGGACUGGAUCCCUUCGGACCAGCAGGCCAACCUCAUUUCGAGCUUGAUUUUGUCGGACUGUUCAGCACAGCCUUCCAAUGGCAUUACCCAGUUCCCGAAAAGGGAAGCUACAUGACUGUCAUUGUUGAUCUGCUGCGACCCCUGUCUGAGGGUGAAGUUACCCUGAACAGCUCCAACCCUCUUGUGCAGCCAAACAUCAACCUGAACUUUUUCGGUAACGAUUUGGAUAUCCUGGCUAUGCGAGAAGGUGUUCGUUGGACCUACGAUGUCUUGACUAGCGGUGCUGGAUUCAAAGACAUCGUUGUGAGCGAGUACCCGUGGAAGAUGCCUCUUCACUCUGAUGAGGAGAUGAACCAUGCUGUUCUGGAUCGAAGCCAGACUGGAUUCCACCCUUGUGGUACGGCCCGUCUCUCGAAGAGUAUCCACCAGGGUGUGGUUGACUCGAAGCUCCGGGUGCACGGAGUGCGCAACCUGAGGAUUGCGGACGCUUCUAUCAUCCCUGUGAUUCCCGAUUGCCGUAUUCAAAACUCGGUUUAUAUGAUUGGUGAGAAGGGUGCGGAUAUUAUCAAAUCUGCUCACAAGGAUCUUUAUGACGUUCAAAUGGUCUCGAGCAAACUGUAA